AUGAACGAUCUCACUGACUCGGUUGAAGCAGCUUUAUACGCCGCAACCCUUGGUGCUGCGUCUAUCUUUGCUCAGGACUUGCCUCGCCGUGACUUGAUUGGCUACCCGGACUACAAAGUCGAGUUUAAUGUGUCAGGUAUCUUUAGAAUCUUUGGAAGUGACCUGAAGGGCGCAAUCCCAGCACUUGCUGCUGGCUUUGCAGAAUACCAGCCUGGGGCCUCCAUCGGUAUAUACAAUUAUACUAGCAGCGAAGGAUCCAUUGCUGGUCUUUACACAGGCCUCUCCGAACUUGCCCCGGCUGGCGAUGAUGCAAAACUGACGGACAUGAUGCCGUUCUUUAACAGCUACGGGUACCUUCCCACGGAGAUUUCAAUUGCUACAGGUGGCCAUGAAAAGCGUGGUACUCUAUGGCCGGCAGUGAUUGUGGUCCACAAGGACAAUCCUUUGGAAAGAUUGACCAUGGAUCAACUAGAUCGCAUCUUCAGCUCCGAGAGGAUAGGAGGGUGGAAGCUCGGGGCGAAUGACAACCUCGCUUCAGUUAGUGAGGGUGAUAACAUACUCUUCACAGCCGAGUAUGCCCGAAAUGCCAGCACCAACAUCCGCAAAUGGUCCCAGCUCGGCAUUAAGGGCGAGUGGGCAGACAAGGAGAUACAGACCUACGGCUACAUUGCCCCCGGCUUUGUUAUUUACAUGCAGAGAAAGCUUUUCCACUGGUCACAGAAGUGGAAUCCAAAUUACAAGGAAUACGUUGAAGAGAAGCAAGCAACUGCGGACGACGACGGCAAGAUAGUCUCCAGCGACCGCAUGCUCGAGGAGCUAUCCAAUAACAAAUAUGGCAUCGGCUGGGGAGCACAACUGCACAUCAAGGACUACCCCAACGUGAAGCCAAUCGCUAUUGCGCAAAACAGCUCCGGACCAUACUUUCAGUUUAGCCCACAGACCGUCUCGGAUCGCAACUACCCCUUGGCGCGCGAUGCUUACAUCUAUCUUAACCGCGUCCCGGGCCAGUCCGUGGACCCUAAAACUCGUGAAUUCCUGCGCUUCGUCCUAAGCAAGCAGGGUCAAGAGAUCAUCGCCGGACUUGACAAGUAUUAUGCCUUGACCCUUAGCGAGCUGGAGUCUCAAUUGUCUAGACUUGAGUGA